AUGUCCGGAAUCUUCACAACUCAUUUAUUUGACGUAGUGGAUAUUUGUUUGUACAGCGUCAGUUUCUUGUUUGGUCUUCCUUUGCACUCCUACAUUAUUUGGUUCAUCGUCAAAAGAACAGGAAGUGGAAUUGUAUCAGAGUUCUUCUUCCUCAGUUCAUCUGUUUGUGAAAUUAGUCUCUGUGUUAAAAGUUUGUUGAUGGUAUUUUGUCAUUUUCUUUUCUUUCAAUUUGUCAUGGAUUCUGUGCUGUUUUUACAAGGUCUUGCAAUCACCGGUCGUCCUCUGUUUCAGUGUCUGAUUUGUGUGGAGCGUUACCUGGCGGUGGUUCAUCCUGUAACCUUUCUGAAGUACAAACCUCUCAGAUACAGACUUGUGUGUUCUGCUGUCGCCUUGUUGACGGUUCUUGGCCUCUCUGUGCUAUCUUUUUUUUUUUUUAGAUCAUCUAACAUUUUAUUUUGUACUUUUUUCUUCUUGCUGCCGUUCCUCCUCUUUCUCUCCAUCCAGUUGUUCUGUUGUCUUGCUGUUCUCAGAGCUCUGAAGCAGUCAGGACCAGGAGAGAGAGCGAGAGAGAGAGAGGAGAAAAAUCACAUGAAGAGAAGAGUGUUUCAUCUCAUUCUAAUAGCCACCGUGAGCAUGAUUAUCACAUAUGUCCCUUAUAUUGUUUAUGGUUUCUUUACUCUUUUCUCACAAAACAAUAUGAGGAUACUUUGGUCUUUUAGUUUUGGUUGUUUUGUGUUGGGUGGUUUUGUGCAGCCGGUUCUUUAUCUGCGGAGGACUGGAAAACUCUUUUGUGUAUCUUUGUAA